AUGAGUCGGACAUAUGUAGCCGUCCUUGGUGUCGGCGGUGUAGGCAAAGCCUUCCUCUCCCAACUCUCCCUUCUCCCAGAUCACCUCCGACCGGCCCUCAUCUUCCUCUCUCGCUCUUCGAAGAAUAUUGUCUCCAAAGACUACGAACCCAUACAGAUCUCGCAAUACCCGUCAAGUCUCGCGUCGUCCUCUUCUCCAGUCCUCAAGCUCCCAGAAGUUGCCCAAUUUCUCUCGAAUGCCCCAGGCCGCUCGAUUGUCGUGGACAACACGAGCAGCCAAGAUGUCGCAGAAGCAUACCCUAGUUUCCUCAGCAAGGGCAUCUCAGUGGUGACGCCGAACAAAAAGGCAUUCUCCAGCAGCUAUGGCUUGUGGGGGGACAUCUUCUCCGCCGCAUCCAGCACGAAUGCAAUGGUCUACCAUGAAUCAUCUGUUGGAGCUGGCCUACCCGUCAUAUCCACUCUGAAAGACCUCGUCGCAACAGGCGACCAAGUAACAAGGAUCGAAGGAGUCUUCUCCGGCACCAUGUCAUACCUCUUCAACACGUUCUCGCCAGCCGACAAUGAGCCAAGUGGAAGUUGGAGCGAGAUCGUAGCCAAAGCCAAGGAGGCAGGUUUCACAGAACCCGACCCAAGAGAUGAUCUGAAUGGUAUGGACGUUGCGAGAAAACUUACAAUUCUGGCCAGAAUAGCCGGUCUCAAAGUUGAAGGACCCACCAGCUUCCCAGUGCAGAGCCUGAUACCCAAGGAGCUGGAAAGUGCAAGCUCCGCCGAGGAAUUCAUGAGCAAGCUACCCGAUCACGACAAAGAUAUGGAGAGAUACAAGAAGGAAGCCAAAUCGGCUAACAAGGUGGUGAGAUACGUUGGCUCAAUUGAUGUAGCGUCCGGGGCAGUGAAAGUAGGUUUGCAAAUGGUGGAAUUGGGCACUCCAACGGCCAGUCUAAGGGGCAGUGACAACCUUAUCUGCUUCUACACGCAGCGGUACGGCGCGAAUCCGUUGGUCAUUCAGGGCGCGGGUGCAGGUGCAGAAGUCACAGCUAUGGGCGUGACGGCAGAUCUGCUCAAAGUGGUGGAACGGCUGCGAUAG